UCUCAAGUGUAUGAGUUACACUCGAUCAAAGUUUCAAUUGCUUUUUCUAUACUCCUUCACCGGAAGUCGUUUGGCGCAGUCGUUGUUAAUGACGCUUUCGUGCCUUUCAAGUCUAAUAAUGGUGUAAAUCUUGGUUGGUAGUUAUUCUCACUUUGGUAUGUUAAUAAAAUAUUUGAUGAUGUGUCUUGAUGCUAUUUUUUGCUGAAGCGUGCACAGACCUUGUCAGUAGAUUCAUUUGCAAAUAUUUCGGUCACUUUCUAUUUCAGCUCUUUAUUAUUGUAUGGAUAAAAGGCAUUCACAUGCUCUAUACUCUUAUUCUGAUAUCGAUAAAUUAUCUCCAUUAGAUGUUGAUAUGACCGUCAUAAACAAUCCGGAUUCUGAUAAGAGUGGCGUUUUACUGGACACAUGGUCUGUAAAUCACUCCAGUGAUUUAGUUUCAACCCCAAAUGAUUUGGUUUCUUUGGCAUGGCUUCAGAAAAGAGAUAUUUUGCAGAUAGCUCCGUUAGAUGGAGAAGAGGACGGGAGUGAUUCCGUUAGUUCGGCAAUCGCCGGACAAACGGAGGACGACGAUAAUUUCGAGAGCAAUCCUAUCGUGCACAUGGAUUCGUUGGAGCCUGUUGUCAACCGUUCACCUUCACUAAUGCCUGUAUCACAGUUUUCAGUUCUAGACAGAUGUGUCCGACGACCUGCUUCUGUUUCUGGAGAUCAGCUCUCUCAUAACGAACAAUCGCGUUUCUCAACAAACCCUACUGUUCCUCUUGGCACCCAUGGUCUUACAAAGCCGAAUUACAGCUAUACGCACCUUAUAUUUAUGGCAAUUGAGUCUACUCCACAAAAAUGCAUGACUGUCAAUCAAAUUUACAACUGGUGUGAAUCAAAUUUCCCAUUCUAUAAACAUGCUGGUGUUGGAUGGAAAAAUUCUCUUAGACAUAAUCUUUCGAUCAAUAAGUCUUUCAAGCGCCUACCUCGUGAUAGCCGUGGCCCCGGUCGAGGUGCUUUCUGGACAGUUGAACCUCGUGAACGCGCAUCUUUGCUAGACGCUAUUAAAAGAAAUCCGUGGAGCUUCGCCAAUGUGACUGCUAUGGGAUGUCACUUAUCUGAUGGUUCUAACAACGUUACUUCCGCAUCUGCAUAUCCAGUUAGACGUUUUGGUCUUGCACAUAGCGCUCCUAGUCACCUUUUACGAGCCGAGGGAUUGGGAAAAGAUAAACUUGAGUCAACCCCACACAUCCGUUUAUUGUAUACUAGCGAUGGUCAAGUCUUGGCAACUUAUGAUGCUUCAUUUGUUGAUCCGUCAAAAUAUGAAUAUGAUAUGACUGCCAGUAAGGAGAGUGCUGCAACCUUGUCUUCUGAUGUUCCUUUAUCCGAUCACAGAUAUUGGACUUCACCAUCUGGAGACACUGCCAGCACUGAUGGUGCGACGGCUGAGGUUGAAUGGCCAGCCGAAGAAGAGGAGAAGUAUUUGGAUACUUUACGCUUAUUAAACGAAGGAGAAGAAACAGUUGCCAAGUCACAAUCAACUAUAACAGAACCCCCAGAUGAGGGUUCAAUGAGUAAAACGAAGUCCGAAGCUUUGGAAAGCUUUAUCGGUACUCAUAUUUUGGAUGAUGCGAAACUGGUCACUAAACAAAAAAGAAAAUCACGCUUGUUACCAACCCGUAUAAGCAAGUGUAAUGAGUGUAAGGAAAAUACAUCUGGUUGUGAAUCCUGUCUGGCUAAGCGUUAUGAGGUCCUUAAUAGCAAUUACGUUCGUUCGGCGCUCAAAGAAUAUGAUCUUGAUAUUGGUAACAUGUUGGACUGUGAUCAGGAACCGGGGCCCGCUGGUGGACCACUUGUUAAGACAACGGCUACUAGGAUUUCUAAGUCAGCUUCACCAGUUGCCGAGGCAAAUGAAAGUGAUAUAGAUUCAUGUGACAAAAAAUCAGCCAACCCUGAAACAUUAAUUUAUUCGUCAGAUGAAGUUUACGUCACACCACCCCCGUACAUUGACCAUGAAUAUUCUCAUUGCCAAGCCCAACUGCGCCGACCUGAAGAAAAUCAGCUUGUAAAUAAAUUUAACGACAACUACUAUACAGGUAGACUGUCAGAAUUAAUGAACCUCUAUCCGCUUCUCAAAGCUUUUGUGGAUUCCAUAGUUCUAGAAACAGAUGCUAAUUAUGAAACAGAUGAAUUUGAUGACGGCUUCAGUUCAUCAGGAAAUGAUAUAUACAGUGAAGAGGAUUUUGAUGGAGGAAACCAUGAAUUAAAGGACUCGGGUAGUCAGGAUCUUUGUGAUUGCGAAUAUACUUUUUGCAAAAGGAGCUCUCGUCGCCAGCAUAUGGUUUCACCGUAUUUCGAAGCUCGUAAGACACGUCCCUUUAGAAUUUCAUCUCGUAAUGUUAAGCAGCGUAAGGGAACGAGAUCAAUGAAAUUAUCUUCAUUAAACAGUUGUCCCACUCGAAGAUCCAAACGAGUUAUAAAGGCUCCUCGCCGUCCAUAUGAUGACUUUGAGAAGUCUCAAUACUAUAAUUAUGAAUUAGAUGAUGAGUCAAGAAUAUUGAUUUUUGAUGAAAAGGAAGGAAAUUUUAGUUCCAGUGCUCGAUCUAGUAUGAUGGAACGUUACAGUCGCCAUUCGCCUAAUAGUCAGUCAGAUAUUGAUUCAGAGAGUGCUGAGAAAUCUGUGGAUAUUGAGAAUGGUCGAUAUCGGUAUCAUAAUCAUCACCGAUCAUUAAAACGCGCUCGUCAACCUAUUUCAAGUACACAAACACACUUAGAUAACAUCGUUGAUCGUUCGCCUCCUAAUUUGGAGGACUAUGAUUUUAGUUCUGAUCAAGAAGAAAGUUAUUUAUGUGCUGCUUCCACAUUACAAGUAAGCAAAAACAGGAUGACCUUAAGCUCAUCGCAUCAACUUAACAAACGAUCGCAAACAAAAAAACAGGAGACACAUCUUGAUGUCGCUGGUGGUUGGGCUUCUAUGAAGUGGUCCGUUGGGCGGGAAAUAGAUGAACCUUCAAUUAAUUGUGUUAAGUUAAGAAGAAGUCACAACGGUUUUCCUGAUGAUGAAUGUGAUAAAAUUCAAACCUAUAAACAGACAGCAGAGGAGCCUGUUUUAAAACGCAAUAAACAGACGGCUGUUGAUGCAGCACGAUUACUGCUGGGAAUCAGUCAAAUCCAAAAUCUCAGACAGAAAUCUGAGUGUUUGAAUCUGGACACCAGUGUAGCUAGUUCAACAUUAGAUUUCAAAAGAACAACCAUCUCCGGUACAGAUCAUGCCACUUCUGAAUCUAUGAUAUUACAAGAAGUGCCGGCCACUCUGAUCUAAAAAUUUGUCUUCUCGUUCCCUUCUUUGAAUAUGCUAUAUAUAUAUAUCAGUGAAUUUGAAUAACUCGUUGAUUUCAGGGUUACCCAUUCUAGUCUCAUUCGCUCAACGCGAAUAUUUCAACCCAUGACCUGAUUCACCUCAUCCUGCAAUAUUAGUUUCGCUUCCAUUUUUUCAUAUAAUUUUUCUGUUACAACACGUACGUUACUUUGUUUAUUCCAAUCACUGCGCCUAUUGACAGAGUGUUAAUUUUCCUAUAGAUUUUUCUGCAUCAGGUUCACGGCAUAAAUUAUCAUGUUGUUUUUGUCUUAUACUUGUUUAUCAUGCAAAAUAAUUUGUAGCACCCGCAUUUGUAUUUUAUCAAAGUUUUUCAGUUUACAUUAAUCAAACUCCUGUGCAGUAUUAACAGUGUGUUUGGAGGCUUCUCCUAACUUUUACUCCUUGCUUAAACGAAAAUUCCUCCACAUCUUAAAAUUAGUGCAAUUUCUGAAUUCGGUGUGGUUAUUUUCAAAACAUGCAAGGAAAGUUUGUUUUUUUACUGUAAUAAUCAUAAUGCGUUGUACAUUCAACAGUAUUGCAUGUAGAUGUUAUUUGUGUACUUUUCAUUUUCAUUUGAUUUACUGUUCUUCCGGUUAUUUUUGGAAGUGCAUUUUGUUGAUAUAUUUGUUAUUCAUCUGUUAUACUGGUUUGUAUCCUUUUUCCACAUUAUAAAAAUCCAUUUACUGGAUUCUUUAGAUGAAACUCUUUAGUUAAAUACUUUGAUCAGUGAUUUUGAAUCAUCUGUCAAUAACCUAAUGUGCAGUAUUAUUUGUAUAGUUUAAGAGAAGUUAUCUAUUUCAGAAUGGGUAUUUUUUUAACUGAGAACUAUAAGGGUUAUUCGUUUUAUGUUAAAAUCGUUUAAAAAUACAUUGGGCAUUAAUAGAAAGAAACCAAUAACAUUUA